CCCACAACCCAACCAAUCAAGGAAUUUAGCCAAACACUGGCUAAUGAAUCGAGUUGCCUAUCGACUUGCAUUCACCCUCCGAAGACAGAUAAUAAUACCACGAGCAGCUUUCAGCGCCAUGUCUUCGCCUGGUGCUCCCGUGGCCCCGGCCCACCAGCCUCAGUCUGAAAAGGCCAAUGGCAAUGGUCAGCAGAAGAGAUCCUUCUCUGGUCCUCAAAAUCGCAAAUGGAAGCAAAAGAAGACCAAACGAGAGAAGAAUAUCACAGAGGGAUCUUCUGAGGAAGUGUUGCGCAACGAUAUCCAAGCCCUCAUCCAAUCGCGACGACCCGAAGCCACGGCCGACUCUGAGCAAGACACAGACACUGCCAAAGAAGAGACUUUACCCCAAGAAGGAACUGAGAUUGAUGUCGAAAUCCUGGAGCUCUCCUCGACGGGCGAUGGCCUCGGUAUGAAGGAUGGAUCUGACCAAGUAUACGUGGUGCCAUUUACCGUCCCUGGCGACAUCGCCAAGAUCAAGGUCUAUAGGCAUUUGCGACAUGAAAACCAGACCAUAUCCGACUUCAUUUCCAUCACCAAGCCCUCUCCUCUGCGAGACGACACCCGCAUUCAGUGCAAAUACUUUAACACUUGCGGCGGCUGCCAGUUCCAAAUGCUCGACUACAAGGAGCAACUCAAACUAAAGAAGCGCGUCUUGGAGAAGGCGUACUUGAACUUCUCAAACCUUGCUGGGGAACUUGUCCCUGCUAUCCAGGAUACUAUCGGCAGCCCCCUCCAGUACGGAUACCGAACAAAGCUUACGCCGCACUUUGACGGCCCCCCUGGCUUCCGACCCAGCAAGAGAAAGAACCAGAACGCUUCCUUUUCCAAGUGCCCUGAGAUUGGAUUCAUGCGCAAAGGACAGCGCAAGGUCCUUGAUAUCGAGGACUGCCCAAUUGGUACUGAGGCUGUGCGUCUGGGUAUGGGAAGAGAGCGACAGCGCAUGGAGAAGGAGUAUACCAACUACCACCGCGGUGCUACCAUUCUUCUUCGCGAAAACACAAAGCGUUACCAAAAGGGCGACGCUGCCAUUCCAGAAACUCUACCACCCUUCACUUCAAAAACGGAAACCGAUACUGUCGUAGACAUCAAGUCGUGCGAAACAGACUCCAAGACUACAACGACAGAAUAUAUUGGAGACCACGUCUUCACCAACCCCGCCGGCUCCUUCUUUCAAAACAACAACUCCAUUCUUCCCGUCUUCACCGAAUAUGUGAAGCAACGCAUUCUUCCUUCUUCCGGGGAUAUCAAGUAUCUCAUUGAUGCGUACUCCGGCUCCGGUCUUUUCACCAUCACACUCGCUUCAGUCUUCCAACACUCCACCGGCAUUGAUAUCGCCGCCGACUCGAUCAACUCAGCGCGCCAGAAUGCACAGCUCAAUGGCCUUGGUGAGGAUCGCUGCAAGUUCAUCGCGGCCGACGCUGGCGAGCUGUUCAAGUCUGUCUCGUACAACGCCGACGAGACCGUCGUUGUUCUCGAUCCUCCUCGCAAAGGUUGUGAUGCGUCCUUCUUGUCUCAGCUGCGCAACUUUGGUCCUAAGAGAGUCCUCUACGUCUCUUGCAACGUCCACACGCAAGCUCGCGAUGUUGGCGUUCUCGUACGUGGUGAGGGCGAAGGAAAGAGAUAUGAAAUUGAGAGUCUAGUUGGGUUUGACUUCUUCCCUCAGACUGGUCAUGUUGAGGGAGUUGCUAUCUUGAAUAGGGUCGACGAAUAGGCGUUAUAUAUCUUGUACAAACCGUUACACUGAAUAAUUAAUGAAAAGAAAUAUCAUAACAACAUGUGUGGUCUAUU